CUUCCUUCCUCGUUUCCUUCGCCCCACGAGAGUGGGGGGAGGGAGGGAGGUCCGCCUGACUACAGCCAGGAGAGAAGCGCUGCCCAUCUGGGGUGAGAGUUGGACGCCUCCUUGGAAGAAAAACGGGCGGCGCACAAAUCCUUCCCCGGCCGGGCGCGGGAGCGAGUUUUGAAAAGUGCCGGCGGAAGCAAGUCAGCGAGAAGGUCCGGGGAUUAUGGGCCGCAGUCGUGAGCUGGGUGUCCUCCUGUUGCUGCCCGCUUUGUUGUCGGGGAGCUCGGCGGAGAAGCUCGGUGAUGGAUGUGGGUCUAUAGUCAUCUACCGAGACAGUGGAACUCUGACAUCCAAAAACUAUCCAAGAACUUAUCCCAAUCAUACUGUCUGUGAAAAGAAAAUUCAGGUACCUCAUGGAAAGCAGCUGAUUUUAAAAAUUGGAGACUUGGAUAUAGAAUCCCAGAAAUGUGAAUCUAACUACCUUAUCAUCUACAAUUCCACAACAGUAUAUGGACCUUAUUGUGGCAAAGUGCCCAUCCCCAAAGAAAUCAUCCUGGAUGUUCAUGAAGUAACCAUUCGCUUUGAGAGCAGGUUCCAUGUAUCUGGCAGGGGCUUUCUCCUGUCCUUUACCAGCAGUGAUCAUCCAGAUCUAAUCACAUGUCUGGAGAGAGGCAGCUACUACGCAGAGCUGGAGUAUAGCAGAUACUGUCCUCCUGGUUGCAGAGAUAUAAUAGGAGAUAUUUCUGGUAAUAUCAUAGAAGGCUACAGAGAUACAUCCCUUUUGUGCAAAUCUGCCAUACAUGCUGGAAUCAUUGCAGAUGAAGUGGGUGGCCAGAUCAAUGUAGUUCAGUUGAAAGGAAAAAAUCGGUAUCAGGGUAUCUUGGCCAAUGGCAUCCUUUCCCAAGAUGGAUCUCUAUCAAACAAGCGAUUUAUUUUUAACUCAAAUGGUUGUGACAAAGCACUGAAUUUAGGAGGUGGAGGGGCUUUGAAUAUUCAGAUAACUGCAUCAUCAUCCUGGGAUGAAAUCAAUGAAGUUGGGGAGUUAGUUGAGUGGUCUCCUCAGAAAGCUUGGCUUAAAAUUCCUGGACCAUCUUGGGCAGCAAACCAGAGUAACCAUCAGCAGUGGCUGGAAAUUGACUUGGGAGAGAAAAUUAGAAUUACAGGAAUUAGAACUACGGGGUCUACUGUGCUUCAUUUUAAUUAUUACGUUAAGACAUUUGUUGUGAACUAUAAAAAUAAUAACUCAAAAUGGAGAACCUACAAAAGAAUCUUAAGCAAUGAAGAAAAGAUAUUCAAAGCCAACUCAAAUCAUGGAGAUGUAGUUCGGAAUAAUUUUAUUCCCCCUAUAGUAGCUCGCUUUCUGAGAAUUAUUCCACAGACCUGGCACAAAAGAAUAGCCCUGAAAGUGGAACUUAUUGGUUGUCGAGCAGCCCGAAGUAACAGUUCUCUUAUUCAUCCACUCGGACAGAGACCAAGUCAAAGCACAGGCGUUUCCAUUAAAAAAGAUGACCAAUCAAGCACAGAAUAUAUACCUUUAGUUGAAACCAACUUAGGAUUGAAUCUUAUGGCUAUCAUUAUUCCAACCUUGGUGGUGCUUUUGCUGCUCCUGUUAUUGGGAAUCUGGAUCUUUACUGCACUGCGAAAAAAAGGAAAGAAAGGUACUACGUAUGGUUCAUCUGACACUGGAAAACCAAGUUUCUGGAAACAAAUCCAACCACCCUUUGUCCGAUAUCAGUCUGCAGAAUUCACCAUCGCUUACAAUAAUGAAAAAGAGACACCCAAAGAACUGGAACUGAUCACAAGCAAGAUAGCAGAUUAUCAACAGCCCAUCAUGAUAGGAACUGGGACAGUUACCCGGCAGGGAUCUACUUUUAAACCAAUGGAUACAGAGGAUGAGAAAAAAUGUCUCUCAGAGAACAGAAAUCAUUACAACCGCCCACAAAGAAGAAAUCACCAUGAUUAUGCGCUACCUUUGACCAAUCAGGAACCGGAAUAUGCCACCCCUAUUGUAGAGCGAUGUACAGGAAUUGAAAAUGAUUUUUCUACAGAUAAUUGUUACAACAUUCCUGCGGUUUCUUCUUUUCCUUCUGGGACUUUUCUUGCCUUAUGCAAGGCAGAUGGAAACAGUGAAGAUUAUAAAAUACCACAAAACAUUAAAGAGUAUGAUAAACCUAAAAGUAAUAUCUUGCCCAUAGUGGACUAUAAUACAUGCUAUCAAAAACCACAGGCCGAAUCCCUGACAAAUGAGGGUUAUUCAACACCUAGAUACAAUCUCAAACCAAUAAAUCAGACUGCAGUGACAGCACUCUUAUAAUCCCAGAACUCAUGAAAAAUUGAUAAUCCAGGAAAAGGAAAGGACCCAAGACUACUGACAUUCCUGCAGAAUUUGAGUAAUACCCACAUUUUCCUUCUUUUCACCAUGAGAAACCUUCAGAUAAGGUCUGCAAGCAGUGGGUUCUCUACAGCUGAGUUGUUGGUGCUCCAUUUUAAUACUGUGCAAUGUGUACAUACUGUUUUAAUUUAAAAGAAAUAACUUAAAAGUAUCUUUCAUUUGUUUUCUCUCUGCUAACAAAUGCACUGAUUUCUAGGUGAGACAGCAUUCUAAAUUGACAUAAUGCUCAUUCUUGGGAGAUCAUAUUUAGAAUGGUUAAAUAGACAUAUUUUAAAAAAUUGCACUUCCCAUACAACACAGAUUUUAUAAGAAAAAGUGUUUUGCAAUUUAUGUAUGUUGUGUGAUAGAAGUCAUUUUUAAUUUAUUCUUGAUAGUCACGUGGAAGAUAAGGUACAGAACUUUCAUGAUUAAAAAAAACCCGAUCAUUUGUUCCUCUAAAGAUUUCCAUGUGGCUUCCUAUAUGUUAGCAAUAUAUAUUCAGGAGUGGCAAGAAUUAGAAAGUUUUGUUUUUAAAUUAAAGUUUAGAUUCUCAGGGAAUAGAAUUAGACACCACUUCAGUGACAUGCGACAUUCCUAAACUCCCUCAAAAUCUCACAGAUCGCAUAGUGCUGUUAGCAUCCAGAUCUGAGUAGCAUAUAUACUUGAACUGAAUCUGCCUUGCUUUUCAUUCUAAGCAAGAUACAGUAUGCUUAUUUCUUCUUUGGGAAAUAUGAAAAAAAAUAAACUGCCUACCAAAGUUAUGUAAACUUCUACCUUUGUUCUUUUUUUUUGGGGGGGGGGGGGCUCCAAGUCAGUUUUUUUAUUACUGGCAACUGCCUAGACUAGUCUGUGUAGUUUUCUUUGUAUUGUUUCAGAAGUGGUUUGGACUUUGCUUCUUGGGACUGACAGAGUGACUGGCCCAAGUUCACUCAGCUGGGCUCAUGCUUAAGGCAGAAUUAGAACAGAUUUGGGUUGCUGCCGGUUCCGAACCUCUGUUCCAGUAGUGGAAAUUGGGCCUGGGUUGCCGAACCAGUAGUGAUGUCACCGGUAGUGAUGGUUGGCUGGCUGGCCACAUCCCCAAGCCACUUGGACACUCACCCUGCCUCGCUUUUGUCACAUGGAUCCACAGAAUAGCCUCCUGCCUACACACAGGUAAGCAGCAUUUACACUAGCCUAGCUGUCCCCCUCCUCUAUGGCUGCAACCCGGGCCCCGCCUGGUCAACUGGAUGACUGGCCGAGAAAGCUGGAAGCGAGCGGCCGGGACCGGCCUGGCCUCCAAUGCUCCGUCUGGCAGAGGCCGCGGCAGGGAGCAGUAAGGAAAGCGAGCCCUUGGCCAACUUCCCUGCCUCUGAGAGCCAGUUUGAGGGAUGGUGAGCCUCCCCACUGCUGCCCCCUUCCCUCACCGCCCCUGCUGGGCAGAUCAUUGGAGGCCAGGUCAGCUCACCCACUACUUUCCCAGCCAGCUACCCAGCUGACUAGGCGGGGCCUGGGUUGCAGCUGGUGGGAGGGUGUGUGCGCAGGGUGAAAUAGGAGGCACCCUGCUGGCAGAGGCUCUGCAUGGAUGGCAACAGAAGGCCGUCCCCCAAGCCGGAUCUCAGAGGAAGGAGGCAGGGAUUCCGGUCCAGGGUUCUCUUCCUUUACCACUCACAGCCACUGCCCAUGCUGGAUGGAGAGUUGGAAGCCAGGCCAGUCCAACCUACUUGCCCGCAGUUGGCAGGGCACCUCCCCUGCCGCUGCACCCUUUCCUUGCCAUCCAUGCAGAUGGAGCAUUGGAACGGCGGUGGGGAAAGUGAGGCUUCUUUGUCAGCCUCCCAUCUGGCAAAACAAAUUUUUGCCAGUUCUGUGGGCAUGGCUAGGUGGGGGGCAUGUGA